UACAGGUGAAGAGAGCCAGAGAAGAGGAGGUGGAGAGGUGGGAUAGACUAGUUAGGGACUGAGAGGAAGGUCAUUUUAGUGCGAGAGAGGGAGGCAGACUCAAGUGGGAGAUAAAGCAGAUAAUACAAAGCCAAAGGGACCGAGUGAUACAGAAGCAAGAGACAUAAAUGACAAAGAUACUCUAAUAUAAGAGACAGAGUGAUACAUGGAAAAAUCAGCAUAACAUAGAGAAAGAAACACUAAAAAGAAUUACAGGCAAAGGCAGAGUUAAAAAAAAAAAAAAGGCUAAACUGAAACAGUGAACAAAAGAGAAAGUUUGUCAAGUGUAAGAGACAGGAAGGCACAAAAUGAGCCAGUGACAGUCAAACUAGAUAACAGAUCAAGUGAAGUUCAGCAGGGUAAUGCACAUACCCUCCCGCUUAGCACCCUCGUUUGAUCCUGCAUCCUGCUAGUAAAGUCCCUGGAAGAGACGGCCACAAUGAGUGAAAUGUCCAGCUUUCUACACAUUGGGGACAUUGUGUCUCUGUAUGCAGAGGGGACUGUUUGUGGAUUCAUCAGUACCUUGGGGUUAGUGGACGACCGGUGUGUUGUGGAGCCAGCAGCUGGAGACCUUGACAAUCCCCCAAAGAAAUUCAGAGACUGCCUGUUUAAGGUAUGUCCCAUGAAUAGAUAUUCUGCACAGAAGCAGUAUUGGAAAGCCAAACAGACUAAACAAGACAAAGAAAAAAUCUCAGAUGUCCUCCUUUUACAGAAACUACAGCAUGCAGCUCAACUUGAGCAGAAGCAAAAUGAGACCGAGAACAAAAAAGUGCACGGAGAGGUGGUUAAAUAUGGCAGUGUUAUCCAGUUGCUACACAUGAAGAGUAACAAGUAUCUGACGGUGAACAAACGACUUCCAGCCCUGCUGGAGAAGAAUGCCAUGCGAGUGACGCUCGAUGUGACAGGCAAUGAAGGGUCCUGGCUCUUUAUCCAACCAUUCUGGAAACUGCGCAGCAAUGGAGACAAUAUUGUAGUUGGGGACAAGGUGAACCUUAACCCAGUGAAUGCUGGACAACCUCUACAUGCCAGUAACUAUGAGCUGAGUGAUAACCCUGGCUGCAAGGAGGUAAAUUCUCUCAAUUCAAAUACCAGUUGGAAGAUCAACCUAUUCAUGCAGUACAGAGAUUAUAUGGAGGAUGUGCUGAAAGGGGGUGAUGUGGUUCGUCUUUUCCAUGCUGAGCAAGAAAAGUUCUUGACAUGUGAUGAGUAUAAAUCUCGUCUCCACGUCUUUCUGCGCACCACUCUACGACAGUCAGCUACCUCCGCUACAAGCUCCAAUGCUCUGUGGGAAGUGGAGGUUGUUCAUCAUGACCCUUGCAGAGGGGGUGCAGGGCACUGGAACAGCCUUUACCGAUUUAAACACCUUGCCACAGGGAAUUAUCUAGCUGCAGAGGAAAAUCCAACCUAUAAAGGAGAUGCCCCAGAGUUCAGAUCAGGAUCUUCUAAUGCAGGAGUGACCACUCGACCCAGUCGUAGGAAUGCAGGGGAGAAGAUUAAAUAUCGACUAGUGGCUGUGCCUCAUGGCAAUGACAUUGCAUCUCUUUUUGAAUUGGAUCCCACAACUUUGCAAAAGACAGACUCUUUUGUUCCAAGGAAUUCCUUUGUGCGGUUACGACAUCUCUGCACUAACACUUGGAUCCAGAGCACUAAUGUCCCUAUAGAUGUGGAUGAGGAGAGACCAAUCCGCCUUAUGCUGGGUACUUGCCCUACUAAAGAAGAUAAGGAAGCCUUUGCGAUUGUCUCUGUACCUGUGUCCGAGAUUCGUGACUUGGAUUUUGCUAACGAUGCUAGUUUAAUGCUUUCCAAUUUUGUAGAACGUCUAAAUGAAGGCUUCAUCAGUCAGAAUGACAGGAGGUUUGCUAUCAAACUUCUAGAAGAUUUGGUGUUUUUUGUGGUGGAUGUUCCUAACAAUGGUCAGAAUGUCCUGGAUAUUAUGAUUACCAAACCCAACCGAGAGAGGCAAAAGCUCAUGAGGGAGCAGAACAUCCUCAAGCAGAUAUUUGGGAUUCUGAAAGCUCCAUUUAGGGAUAAAGGUGGUGACGGUCCCCUUUUAAGACUGGAAGAGCUAUCUGAUCAGAAGAAUGCUCCAUACCAAUAUAUGUUCCGGCUUUGGUACCGAGUCUUACGUCACUCCCAGGAUGAUUACAGAAAAAAUCAGGAGCACAUAGCCAAACAGUUUGCGUCAUGCAGUCCCAAAUUGGGCUACGACAUCCUAGCAGAGGAUACAAUCACGGCUUUGGCUACACAAUAAUCGUAAACUCUUGGAAAACACAUAACCAAAACCGAGGUUGAGACUUUUGUCAGUUUGGUCAGAAAGAACCGUGAGCCAAGAUUUUUAGACUACCUUUCUGAUCUGUGCGUGUCCAAUCAUAUUGCUAUACCAGUGACACAGGAGCUGAUUUGUAAAUGUGUGUUGGAUCCCAAGAACAGUGACAUCCUCAUUAAAACAGAGCUAAGACCAUUGAAAGAGAUGUCUCAGUCACCUGAGUAUAUGAGUAUUGAAUACGUGAAGAAGAAGUAGUGGUUGACCUGGACAGACAAAAACAAUGACUAUCAUGAAAAGAGUAUGCGCCAGCUAUCCCAAGAAGCACGUGCAGGGAAUGCUCAUGACGAGAAUAUGCUAACAUAUUAUAGGUACCAGCUGAAGCUCUUUGCCCGGAUGUGUCUGGAUCGGCAGCAUCUUGCAAUCGGUGAGAUCUCAAAACAGUUGAGCGUUGAUCUCAUCUUCUUAUGCAUGGCUGAUGAGUUGCUGCCUUUUGACAUCAGAGCCUCAUUCUGUCACCUCAUGCUGCAUGUGCACGUGGACAGGGACCCCCAGGAGCUUGUCACACCAGUCAAGUUUGCCCGUCUUUGGACUGAAAUCCCUACAGCUAUCACCAUCAAAGACUAUGACUCCAACUUGAAUGACUCAAGGGACGACAAGAAGAACAAAUUCACCAACACAAUGGAGUUUGUGGAAGAUUAUCUGAACAAUGUGGUCAGUGAAUCCAUGCCGUUUGCCAAUGAGGAGAAGAACAAACUAACUUUUGAGGUUGUAACUCUUGCUCGGCACCUCAUAUAUUUUGGGUUCUACAGCUUCAGCGAGCUGCUGAGACUAACAAGGACAUUACUGGGAAUCAUAGACUGUGUCCAGAACCCCCAAGCCAUGCUGCUGCAAGCCAUGUACAGCGAAGAUGGAACAGGAAAGAACGUCAGAAGAUCCAUCCAAGGUGUUGGUCAAAUGAUGUCUACAAUGGUGCUGAAUCGGAAGCAGUCUGUGUUCAACACACCUUCAUCUCUAAACUCAGUGACCAGCCAGGAAGCUUCAAGUAAACGUAAGAGUGUGGAAACCGAAAACAUCACUGUGAUGGAGACCAAGCUGAAGAUACUGGAGAUCUUGCAGGUGGUUUAUCUGAAUGUGAGACUAGAUUAUAGAAUAUCGUAUCUCCUUUCGGUCUUUAAGAAGGUUGUUGAAGUUUUUCCUAUGCAGGAUAGAGCAGAUGGAACAGCUCCAGCAUUCGACUCCACAAACGCUACUUUAAACUUAGAGCGUAUAGGAGAGCAGGCAGAAGCCAAGUUUGGUGUGGGUGAGAAAGGCACCAGUAUGCUGGAAGUGGAUGAUGAGGGAGGCAGAAUGUUCCUGAGGGUCUCAUCCAACUUGACCAUGAAUGAUUACCCAUCUCUCAUCUCAGGCUCCCUACAGUUGCUUUUCAAACACUUUAGCCAAAGGCAGGAGGGUGUUACACACUUUUAACAGGUCCAGCUACUGAUCUCGGCACAGGAUGUUGACGAUUACAAGGUGAUUAAGUCUGAGCUGGACAGGCUUAGAACGAUGGUAGAAAAAUCAGAGCUCUGGGUGGACAAGAAAGUGAACUCAGGAGGGGCAGUUCUGCAGAUGGAAACAAGAAGGAGAAAAAAGAGGUAAUCAGAUCAGGAACCUGGAAAACCAGUGGUGGUGGAGAAAAGCAGUGAAAAUUACCAAAUUGUGAAAGAGAUAAAUAAGAUGUGUGGCGUGGGAGAGCAGGUUCGCAAAAAGCAACAGAGGCUACUGAAAAAUAUGGAAGCGCAUAAAGUUAUGCUAGAUUUGCUCCAGAUCCCAUAUGAAAAGGGAGAUGUAAAAAUGAAUGAGAUUUUGAAGUACACACACCAAUUUCUGCAGAAGUUCUGUGCCGGUAAUCCAGAAAACCAGGCUCUACUACACAAGCACCUAUCUUUGUUCCUGACCCCAGGUCUCAUGGAGGCAGAGACUAUGCAGCAUAUCUUCUUGAAUAACUACCAGCUGUGCACAGAAAUACACGAGACUGUACUUCAACAUUUCAUCCACUGCCUGGCAACCCACGGAAGACAUGUUCAAUAUCUGGACUUCCUACACACAAUCAUCAAAGCUGAGGGCAAAUACAUCAAGAAGUGUCAGGACAUGAUCAUGACCGAGCUCACCAAUGCUGGGGAUGAUGUGGUGGUUUUCUACAAUGACAAGGCCUCAUUUGCCUCCAUGCUUGAGAUGAUGGCGGCUGCACGUGAAGGAGUGGAGGAUAACAGCCCACUAAUGUACCACAUAUCACUGGUCGAUCUCCUUGCUGCUUGCGCUGAGGGGAAGAAUGUUUACACUGAGAUAAAGUGCACAUCUCUUCUACCUCUAAGGGAUGUUGUACGGGUUGUUACUCAUGAAGACUGUAUCACUGAGGUGAAACUGUCCUAUGUAAAUUUUGUGAAUCAUUGCUACGUGGACACAGAAGUAGAGAUGAAAGAGAUUUACACCAGUAACCACAUGAUUCUGUUUGAAAACUUCAUUUUAGAUAUGGCUCGUGUCUGUAACAAAAGAGAUUAAACGUCUUCCGGACCAAACUCUUGAAAAAUAUAUGUAAUUACAGGUCUGGAAACCAUAAGAUCGUUCUUCAACUCGCCCUUCUCAGAAAACAGCACAUCACUACAGACUCAUCAAACCAUUGUGGUUCAACUUCUCCAGUCAUCUACAACGACUUCUGGAAUGUCGUGGCUUCAACAACAAUAUAAGGGAUCAGUGGAAGCCUGUAUACGAGCUUUGGCCAUGGUUGCAAAGAGUCGGAGUAUUUCCCUUCCUAUGGACUUAGACACCCAUGUCAGUUCUUUGUUAAAUAGCAACUCAAGUGCCCUACAGCGAAACCAAUCUACUUAUAACAAGACUACAUCUACCAGAGCUUUCACACGUGCAAGCGCCACACAGAAUCAGUGGGACUACAAGAACAUUGUAGAGAAACUCGCAGGUUGGUGAGAGGAUAUCAUAAACAUUCUGGAGGAGCCUAAGCCUCUUGUAGAAGCAGAGCUGUCUGUUUAGUAGACGUUUCUUCAACACCCUGAACUGCUUUUCGUAGAUGGAACUGAUGCUCGGUUACGAUGUGAGAGUUGGGGAUGUCAUUUUUUUUACAGACUUAUCCAGCACACUAAAAAUCUGAUGUCUACAGAAGAGAAGCUGUGUAUCAAAGUAUUACGAACUCUCCAACAGAUGCUUAUGAAGAAAAAUAGCUAUGGAGAUAGGGGAAAUUUACUUAGAAAAGCCCUUCUCAGUAAUUACCUCCAAAGCAAGAAAUCUAGUGCCAAAGGCGAAGUAGCUGACAUCUCUGUCACUGGUCAGGACCAAGACUGGUCCAUGAUUGCAUCGACCCAAUGUAAGCUUGAUCGAGAAGGUGCCACCAAGCUGGUUACUGAUCUGAUCAUGAGUUCAAAGAAUGAUAAAAUCUUUCAAGAAAGUAUAUUGCUGGCCAUUAGAUUGCUGGACGGAGGCAACACAGAGAUACAGAAUUCCGUCUACAACCUAAUGAAAGGGGACAAUAAAUCAGAGAAGUUCUUUAAAGUUUUAAAUGAAAGAAUUAAGAGUGCCCAGCAAGAAAUAAAAUCCACCAUGUCUGUGAAUAUGAAUGAUUUGGGAAUAAAUGAAUCACUCGAGGUUAGCCCUGACGCAACACAAAAAGGUCGCAGCCAUCAGUUUGUAGUACCUGUAGCUCUCUCCCGGACUUCAGCAGGGGGACCGUUCCGUAAAGGACAUGAAGGAGGGGAAACUGGAGAGGGUAAUGAAGUGGGACCUGUUGUGCUUAUCAUGGAGCCUAUCCUCAGAUUCCUGCAACUGCUGUGUGAAAACCACAACCCAGAUCUCCAAAAUUUCCUAAGAAAUCAGAUCAACAAAACCAACUACAACCUUGUUUGUGAGACCUUACAGUUCUUGGACAUCAUGUGUGGCAGCACUACAGGUGGGCUUGGACUUUUGGGACUCUACAUCAACGAAAAGAACGUGGCUUUAAUUAUCCAGACUCUGGAGACCCUUACAGAGUACUGCCAGGGUCCCUGUCAUGAGAACCAGAGUUGUAUAGUAACACAUGAGUCUAAUGGGAUUGACAUCAUAACAGCCCUAAUUCUGAAUGACAUCAGCCCCCUUUGUAGAUAUAGGAUGGAUCUUGUAUUACAGCUAAAGGACAAUGCUUCAAAGCUGCUCCUUGCCCUUAUGGAAAGCCGACAUGACAGUGAGAAUGCAGAGAGGAUCCUUAUCAGUCUACGACCGCAGGAAUUGGUGGAUGUAAUCAAGAAAGCUUACCUACAAGAGGAUGAGGGAGACAGCUCUGAUGUCUCACCCCGUGAUGUUGGGCACAAUAUCUACAUCCUGGCUUUGCAGCUGGCCCGCCAUAAUAGGCAUCUUCAGCAUCUUCUCCGUCCAAUCCGACGCAUUCAAGAGGAAGAAGAGAGUAUCUCCACCAUGCUGAGUCUCAAUAAUAAACAACUGACCCAGAUGUUGAAAUCCACGACUGCACCUGUGCGUGAAGAGGAAGAAGAUCCUUUAGCUUAUUAUGCAAAACAUACGGCACAAAUUGAGAUUGUUCGGCUAGACAGGAGCAUGGAGCAGAUUGUGUUCCCUGUCCCAAACAUUUGCAAAUUCUUGACAGAAGAGUCCAAACACCGGGUCUUCAACACCACUGAGCAAGAUGAACAGGGGAGCAAAGUUAGCGACUUUUUCGAUCAGUCCAGUUUCCUCCACAAUGAGAUGGAAUGGCAAAGGAAACUGCGAAGUAUGCCGCUAAUGUACUGGUUUUCACGUAGAAUGAGUCUCUGGGGAACGAUUUCUUUCAAUCUCGCUGUAUUUAUCAAUUUGAUCAUUGCAUUCUUCUACCCGUAUGUAGAGGGCACAUCCAUGGGAAUUCUAGAUUCACCUCUGACCUCACUUCUUUUCUGGGCCAUGGUUUGUUUCUCUGUUAUGUCUUUGUUCACAAAACGUUAUGGAUUGCGCCCGUUGAUUGUGGCUUUGAUACUGCGCUCUGUGUAUUACUUAGGAAUUGGUCCGACACUUUACGUACUGGGAGGUCUCAAUCUUACAAAUAAAAUCGUAUUUGUUGUGAGUUUUGUGGGUAAUCGUGGAACUUUCAUCCGUGGGUACAAGGCUAUGGUGAUGGAUGUUGAAUUCCUUUACCAUGUGGGCUACAUCAUAAUCAGCGUCUUUGGCAUAUUUGUUCAUGAGCUGUUCUAUAGCAUUCUGCUGUUCGACCUUAUAUAUCGCGAGGAGACUCUGUUCAAUGUGAUCAAGAGUGUGACACGUAACGGUCGCUCUAUCCUUCUCACUGCCCUGCUUGCCCUCAUCUUAGUCUAUCUCUUCUCCAUUGUGGGCUUCCUCUUUCUGAAAGAUGACUUCAUCAUGGAGGUUGAUCGGCUACCCAGUGCUCCAAACAGUGUGGCACAAGCUAUGAAAACAAAUCCUUUUGGGGAAUAUUGUAGCGCAGACAACAAAGAUUGCACUGCUAGCAUUACGGCACUUGAUACAACUGAGGAAGAUGAUGAGGAUGAUACAGAGAGAGCAUGUGACACUUUGCUUAUGUGUAUCGUCACCGUUUUAAACCAUGGUCUCAGAAAUGGAGGCGGCGUGGGAGACAUCCUGAGAAAACCCUCCAAAGAUGAAUCCUUGUUCCCUGCUCGUGUUGUGUAUGACCUGCUUUUUUUCUUCAUCGUUAUCAUCAUUGUGCUUAACCUGAUUUUUGGAGUCAUCAUUGAUACGUUUGCAGAUUUGAGGAGUGAGAAACAAAAAAAGGAAGAGGUUCUAAAAACCACAUGUUUUAUCUGUGGGCUGGAAAGAGAUAAGUUUGACAAUAAGACAGUCUCAUUUGAAGAGCAUAUAAAGGAGGAGCAUAAUAUCUGGAAUUAUCUGUACUUCAUCGUGCUGGUUAGAGUGAAGAACAAGACAGAUUACACUGGGCCUGAGAGCUAUGUGGCGCAGAUGAUAAAGAGUAAGAACCUGGACUGGUUCCCUCGUAUGAGAGCCAUGUCACUGGUCAGUAAUGAGGGUGAAGGGGAACAGAACGAGAUCCGCAGCCUUCAAGACAAACUCAACUCAACCAUGCGGCUGGUAACACAUCUGACAUCCCAGCUCAAUGAGCUCAAAGAACAGAUGACAGAGCAACGGAAGAGACGUCAGCGUUUGGGAUUUGUAGAUGUGCAGACUAAUGCAGCGCACAAUACAACCAGCAAUCAGACAGCAGCAACCAGUUAAUGAGAAGAGUGAUAUUAAAUCUCAGUACAAUUCAACUGAACCUACUGAAUUGUAUAACGACUUGGAAUAUCAAUUAUUUUACCAAGAAAAAAAAAAGCUGCUCUGUAUAAUUAUCCUAUAUAUUUGAACGUUUUUCAUUAACCUUCAACACUGUUAAAUAUCUUUAUACACUGACCAUAAACUUGCAGGACUGUAUACAGUAUACACUGGGAAUGAACUCACUGUACUGUGCAAAUCAUGAUGAGUAUCUAUACAUUGGUAAUGAUCACACGUAGCUUUCUAAUGAUGUAUACACAGACAGUCGCCACCCUGUACUGUAUGAUUAUGCAAAUGACUUUAUGCUGUGGUUCUGAUCACUCAUGUUUUACGUUACAGCAGCUAAUACGGUGAGAGAGAAAAAGACUCUUACCAUACAUUAAGCUGAUCUAUGCAUAAGGAAUUCUGCAUUGGUAAAAUAGACAUUAGGAUUGUUGUAAAAUAUUUUAUAGUUUUCCAUAUGCAAAUUUCACGGAUACAUUGUUUACAGAAUGUAUGCAGAGAAUUUACACUACAGAAUAGAAAUAUACAGCCUUUGACUAUUGCCAUAUUUUAUAAACUAGAUUUAACAUAAGUUAUUUUGUCGUUAGUAAACAGAAGCAUUUUUUUUAAUCCAGAUUUCUACCCCUGUAUCCUUUUUUUUUUAUCUACAGUCCAACCUGUGCUCAUAGGUAGUAAACAGGAAUGACAGAGGAAUACAUUCCUGAUUUGGCCACAACGCUGGCAAAGAGGCUAAUGAUUCCUUGAUAAACCAAUACCCUUGUCAUAACAUAAUGACUACAAGAUGUCAAGGAUUUGCCAAGAUUAGAAAAUAUUUAUGGGAAAGAGAUGUUAAGAAUGUUGUUUAAGAGAAGUGGGUCCUAAUUUUGUUAUUUUAAUUUUAGUUUUUUUAAUCGUUAGUGAACAUUUCAAAAAUGAUUUUUUUUUUUUCAAGGAGAAAACUUUGUUGUCAUUUUUAUAACAGCCAUAAAAUAUUUUUGUACAAAUUUUGUGAAAACCUAGACUAUAUGAUGGAAUUGUCUAUUAUUCUAUUAGCAAAAUACAUGAUGUAUUAAAUUAAUUUAGACUUUUA